AUGGGGGUCAUCGCAGCCUUGAAGAGCAAUAAAGUUAGAGCCGUUGUGGUAUCCAUGUUUGACUGGUACCCGUCGGAGUACCACAAAGAAGAAAGAAAGCUUCUCCGCAAGCUUGGCUCGGCCACCCUGGUCUUCAGCCCUCUAAGCUGUAAUUUGUCCAAGUUCCUUGGACAACAAGACAUCACCAACGCAUAUGUCUCUGGUAUGAGAGAAGACCUCAAUGCAUUUGGAAAUGAGUUGAACUCCUAUGUCGUCGCUUAUAAUGCGGCGUACGUCUUGGGUCAGAUCCCACUUAUGACGCUACAAACGAAGGGCAAGCUUGCACCACUCCUGCUUCCUUCACUCCAGAUACUUUGGGCCGUCAUCGCCUUUUCUUACUUGGCGGCACUCAUCUCAUACUGGUUCAAGAAUGAAGAACUCUUCAAAGGAACGGGUGUCUGGUUCAUGGGCAAAUCACUCGGCUCCAUGUUCUCGGGCUAUCUCCAAGCUGCUGCAUACCGAAACCUCAAUGGCGUUCUUGGGCGCGUUGAUUGGCGAUGGCUGUUCAUUGUGCAAGGUAUAAUCACAUUACCCCUCGCCUUUCUAGGAUUCGUCUUUCUCACUCUCAAGCGCAACCCCGCCGUUGAGAAGCAGGGGAUCACAUUGAAAACACCCAAUUACACCUUGAGCCGUCCCAUGUGGUGGGUUUGCGUCUCGUGCUACAUCUUCUUGUGUCAGGCACAUUACUGGACAGUUUACAUGGCCCUCUGGCUCCGUCACGCUGGCUACUCAAUCGAACUUGUCAAUAUCCUCCCAACGUUUAUCGACUUACUUCGCGCCAUGUCUUCCUGGCUUGGCACAACAUUGGCUGGAUGUCUCAGUCUUCGAGGACUCUGGACGUUCCAAGUAUCAUUCGUCUUCUUCGCCUGCAUUGUGUUAUCUAUAGGGAUUGUGCCUGAUGUCUUGAAGUUUGUCGCCUUUUACUUCGAUGGUUUUUCUAGCAUGUCGUCGCCCAUUCUGUACUCGUGGGUCAACUCGACCUUGAAGGAGAACUACGGCGAACGUGGACUCAUAAUUUCAUCUAUUAUGACACUGGGCCUUUUUAAUCAGAUCUGGAUCCCGCUCUUCAUAUUUCCAACAGUGGAAGCCCCGCGCUUCCUAAAUGGAUACCCAGCGGCCACAGCGUUUGAGUUCACCAUGUGGGCAAUCUUGAUGGGAGGAGUCUGGUACAUGAAGAGGUGGAAGGUCAAGCAUCCGGACCUUGAGAUGCGUCUGGCUGAACCCGAGAGUCUUGGCCCAGCGAGUGAGACUGAGUCUGGCGACACGGCCAGGGUUGACAAAAAGGGUACCGACGAACACGUGAGAAGUAUCUGAUCCGCAUGAGAGCGACUUCAGUGGCGCGGUUCUUCCCCUAUAGGUACCACAAGCUUAACGCCCUGACCCUCAAUCAUAGGCAGCACAUCAACAGCCUGGACAGGCUAUGUCACAAGUACUGACGUAUUCAUUCAAGUCCUAGAACGCAAUCUAUUCUCCUAGUUCCA